CAGCAUCAUACAUCAGUUUACUUUACAAGUAUUGAGAGGUUAUGCUGUUUUCUAAUAACAAAAAUUGAAUUAAAUUGUUAGAAUACAUAUAGAUCAUAAGAAUUUAAAAAUAAAUCUAAUAAUAAGCCAUGGCUGAUGCUGCGGCUAGGCAGCUGCAAUAUGAGUACAAAGCGAACUCUAAUCUUGUAUUGCAAGCUGAUGUUAGACUUAUCGAAAGAAGAAGUAGAGAUGAAGCCACAGGAGAGGUCAUGUCUCUUGUGGGCAAAUUGUCCGGAACAAAAAUGGGGGACAAAGCUCAAAGAAGUAGACCAGGAAAAGCUGAAGAACGUAAAGCAAAGCGACAAAAAAGAGAUGAAGCUCAGUAUGAUUUUACAAGAAUGAAAGGAGCCACUCUUUUAUCUGAGGGUGUGGAUGAAAUGGUUGGAAUAAUUUAUAGACCUAAAACACAAGAAACAAGGCAAACAUAUGAAGUGUUACUUAGCUUCUUACAAGAAGCAUUAGGAGAUCAGCCAAGAGAUAUUUUAUGUGGUGCCGCAGAUGAAGUAUUAACUGUGCUUAAAAAUGAGAAACUGAAAGAAAGAGAAAAGAAAAAGGAAACAGAAAUAUUAUUGGGAUCUAUUGCUGAUGAACGUUUUGCCCUUUUGGUUAACUUGGGUAAAAAAAUAACAGAUUUUGGAAAUGAAGAUAUUAAAGCAAGUGCUACUGAAGAAAAUAUCGAUGAGCAGUAUGGAAUAAAUGUGCAGUUUGAAGAAUCUGAAGAAGAAGAUGAUGAAGACGUUUAUGGAGAAAUAAGAGAAGAAAUGGAUGAUGAUGAUGGAGAGGAGGCAAGAGAAGAUGGUGCCAUUCAUGCUGAAAAUUUGGGAGUUACAGAAGAAAUGAAAAAGGAAAAAAGCUUGCAUCCUCUAGAUAUUGAUGCAUAUUGGUUACAAAGAAAGCUAUCUAAAAUUUAUAAUGAUGCAAUGAUUUCACAAGCAAAAGCUGCUGAAGUUUUGAAUGUUCUGAGAGAUGCAGUAGAUGAUAGAGAAUGUGAAAACCAACUUGUCCUUCUUUUGGGAUAUGAUUGUUUUGAUUUCAUAAAAUUACUGAAAAAACAACGACAAAUGAUUUUAUAUUGCACACUACUGGCAAAAUCACAAAGUGACUCCGAGAAAGAGAAAAUCAAGAACAAAAUGUUGGAGGACCCUCUGCUUACCCGAAUUUUGAAAAUUCUCGACACAGGCAAAGGUGAAGAUGAUAGAGAUGAUGAGGAAUCUACCGCUCAUUCCUCUCGAAGAAAACAUGAUUCAAACGAUGUAGAGAUGACAAGUGCAGCACAAGUGACUGGAUCUAGACAUCUAAUCGAUUUAGAAGAUCUUGUAUUUAAUCAAGGGUCUCAUUUCAUGGCAAACAAAAGGUGUCAGUUGCCAGAGGGAUCGUUCAGAAAACAGAGAAAAGGGUAUGAAGAAGUUCAUGUUCCUGCCCUGAAACCUAAACCAUUUGGUGAUAAUGAGAAACUCACACCAGUAGAAGAAUUACCGAAGUAUGUUCAACCAGUUUUUGAAGGUUUCAAAUCUUUGAAUAGAAUUCAAAGUCGACUUUGCAAAAAAACCCUGGAAUCAGAUGAGAACCUUUUGCUAUGUGCGCCAACUGGAGCAGGUAAAACUAAUGUUGCUCUUUUAUGUAUGAUGCGAGAAAUUGGAAAACAUAUCAACGUUGACGGUACUAUUAACGCUGACGACUUCAAGAUCAUUUAUGUCGCUCCUAUGAGAUCGCUGGUACAAGAAAUGGUGGGAAAUUUCGGUAAGAGGCUUGCUAGUUACAAUAUCACUGUAUCAGAAUUGACUGGUGAUCAUCAGUUGACCCAUGAACAGAUUGCUGCUACACAGGUAAUUGUCUGCACUCCUGAGAAAUGGGAUAUUAUAACAAGGAAAGGAGGAGAAAAAACAUUCACGUCCCUUGUGCGAUUGAUUAUUAUUGAUGAAAUUCAUCUUUUGCACGAUGAGAGAGGUCCAGUCUUAGAGGCUUUAGUUGCCAGAACUAUAAGAAUGAUUGAGUCUACUCAAGAAGAUGUUCGAAUGGUCGGUCUUUCCGCCACACUUCCAAACUACCAAGAUGUUGCCACAUUCUUGAGAGUAAAACCAGAUUCGGGUUUAUUUUAUUUCGAUAAUAGUUUCAGGCCUGUGGCUUUGGAACAACAGUACAUUGGUGUUACUGAAAAGAAAGCACUGAAGAGAUAUCAGGUAAUGAAUGACAUUGUGUAUGAAAAAACUAUGGAGCACGCUGGUCGUAAUCAAGUAUUGGUAUUUGUCCAUUCCCGUAAAGAAACUGGAAAAACAGCAAGAGCAAUCAGAGAUAUGUGUCUAGAAAAAGACACUUUAGGUCAAUUUCUCAGAGAAGGCUCUGCAUCUAUGGAAGUUUUAAGGACAGAAGCAGAACAAGUCAAAAAUCAAGAAUUGAAGGAUUUGCUUCCCUACGGAUUCGCCAUACAUCAUGCUGGAAUGACAAGAGUUGACAGGACUUUGGUUGAAGAUUUGUUCGCAGAUAGACACAUACAAGUGUUGGUUUCAACAGCCACACUUGCUUGGGGUGUUAACUUACCUGCCCACACAGUUAUCAUCAAAGGAACACAAAUUUACAAUCCAGAAAAAGGGCGAUGGGUCGAACUAGGUGCUUUGGAUGUGCUUCAAAUGCUUGGGAGAGCUGGCAGACCGCAAUACGAUACUAAAGGAGAAGGUAUCCUUAUCACAAAUCACAGUGAACUGCAAUACUACCUAUCUUUGUUGAAUCAGCAGCUACCCAUUGAAUCUCAGUUAAUUUCGAAACUGCCUGAUAUGUUGAAUGCUGAAAUUAUACUUGGAACUAUCCAAAACAUGAAAGAUGCAGUAACUUGGUUAGGAUAUUCUUACCUCUACAUAAGAAUGUUGAGGCAACCCACCCUGUAUGGCAUAUCACAUGAUCAUCUAAAACAAGAUCAGUUGUUGGAACAACAUAGAGCUGACCUUAUACAUACAGCUGCUACACAACUAGAUAAGUGCGGCCUAGCAAAAUAUGAUCGUAAAACCGGACAGUUCCAAGCUACAGAAAUCGGUAGAAUAGCUUCCCAUUAUUAUUGUACACAUGAAACUAUGCAAACGUACAAUCAAUUACUCAAACCAAUGCUCAGUGAAAUAGAGCUUUUCAGGGUCUUCUCCCUUUCUGGUGAAUUCAAAAAUAUAACAGUUCGUGAGGAAGAAAAAUUAGAACUGCAGAAACUGAUGGAAAGAGUUCCAAUUCCAAUCAAGGAAAGUAUGGAAGAGCCUAGUGCUAAAGUUAAUGUACUUCUUCAAGCAUACAUAAGCCAAUUGAAACUUGAAGGAUUUGCCUUAAUGUCCGAUAUGGUUUAUGUUACUCAGUCAGCCGCUAGGUUGAUGAGAGCUAUAUUUGAAAUCGUUUUGCACAGAGGAUGGGCCCAGUUGGCAGAUAAAUCUCUCGCUUUAUGCAAAAUGAUUGAUAAGAGAAUGUGGCAAUCAAUGUCUCCUUUGAGGCAGUUCAGGAAAAUGCCAGAAGAAAUUGUAAGAAAGAUUGAGAAAAAAAAUUUCCCUUGGGAAAGACUUUACGAUCUAGGUCCUAAUGAAAUAGGAGAAUUGAUUCGUGUGCCUAAAUUAGGCAAAACCAUACACAAAUACGUUCAUCAGUUCCCCAAACUGGAGUUAUCCACGCACAUUCAACCAAUAACCAGAGCUAUGUUAAAAGUGGAAUUAACAAUCACCCCAGAUUUUCAAUGGGACGAUAAACUACAUGGUCAAUCUGAAGCGUUUUGGAUCCUGGUGGAAGAUGUGGAUUCUGAAGUGAUCUUGCAUCACGAAUAUUUCUUGCUUAAAUCAAAGUAUUGUCAAGAUGAACAUCUCGUAAAAUUCUUUGUUCCAAUCUUUGAACCUCUACCUCCGCAAUAUUUUUUGAGGAUAGUUUCAGACCGUUGGAUAGGGGCUGAAACACAAUUGCCAAUCUCAUUCAGGCAUUUGAUUUUACCAGAAAAGAAUUUCCCACCGACGGAUCUACUUGAUCUCCAACCACUACCCAUUACUGCACUCAGAAAUGAUAAAUACGAAUCAUUGUAUAAAAAUAAAUUUCCACAGUUCAAUCCUAUCCAGACACAAGUUUUCAAUUCGGUUUACAACAGUGAUGAUAACAUUUUCAUUGGUGCACCCACUGGUUCUGGUAAAAGUACCAUUGCCGAAUUUGCUAUUUUAAGGUUAUUCGAAAAAAAUGCAGAGGGUAGAUGUGUAUAUCUUGUACCUAAGGAUGCUUUAGCGGAACUGAUUUUUGCUGAUUGGCAUAAUAAAUUCACUCAAUUAUUGGGUAAGAAAGUUGUAUUACUUACUGGAGAAACAGGCACAGAUCUUAAAUUAUUAGCAAAAGGACAAAUUAUUAUCACAACAGCAGAAAAAUGGGAUGUUCUCUCCAGACGUUGGAAACAGAGAAAAAAUGUGCAAAAUAUCAAUUUGUUCAUAGUUGAUGAACUGCAUUUAGUUGGAGGGCAGGACGGUCCUAUUAUUGAAGUGGUUUGUUCAAGAAUGAGGUAUAUAUCAUCGCAAAUCGAUAAGCCCAUAAGAAUGAUUGCUUUGAGUGCAUCUUUAACUGACUACAGAGAUGUAGCCGAAUGGUUAGGAUGCAACACUAAUGCUACUUUCAACUUCUUACCAAGUGUUAGGCCAGUACCUCUGGAACUCCAUGUGAAAGGCUUCAAUAUAACACAUAACGCUUCCCGAUUGAUUUCAAUGGCUAAACCUGUUUACAAUGCCAUUUCAAGAUACAGUCCGCAUAAACCAAUUAUUAUUUAUGUUCCUACCCGGAAACAAGCCAGAAUAACUGCUAUUGAUUUGCUAACAAGUGCUUCUGCUGAAGGACAGCCUAACAGGUUCUUCCAUGCUGAUGAAGAAGACAUCAAGCCAUUUUUGGACAGGAUGUCUGACAAAACUUUGAGGGAAACGUUAUCACAAGGAGUAGCAUAUAUGCACGAAGGUCUCUCAGCUAGUGACUUGAGAUUGGUGGAACAACUAUUUGAUUCAGGUGCUGUUCAAGUAGCAGUUAUAACGAGAGAUUUAUGUUGGACAGUAAAUAUAUUUGCACAUCUGGUUAUUAUCAUGGAUGUACAGUACUAUGAUGGAAAAACCCACACUUACGAAGAUUAUCCUAUUACCGAUGUAUUACAAAUGGUAGGAAGGGCCAAUAGACCUCUGGAAGAUGAUGAUGCCAAGUGUGUACUCAUGUGCCAGAAUUCGAAGAAGGAAUUCUUCAAAAAGUUUUUGUGUGAUCCAUUACCAGUAGAGAGCCAUUUAGAUCACAGAUUACCAGAUCAUUUCAAUGCAGAAAUUGUCACCAAAACUAUUGAGAACAAACAAGAUGCAGUUGAUUAUUUGACAUGGACCUUCCUCUACAGAAGACUUACUCAAAAUCCAAACUAUUACAAUCUUCAAGGAGUAACCCACAGACAUCUUUCUGAUCAUCUCUCAGAAUUGGUUGAAAAUACGCUGAAUGAUCUGGAGCAGUCUAAAUGUGUCAGCAUUGAGGAUGAAAUGGAUUGUAUUCCUAUGAACUUAGGAAUGAUUGCAGCAUAUUAUUAUAUCAAUUACACUACCAUUGAACUAUUCAGCCUUUCACUAAAUAGCAAAACCAAAAUACGGGGUCUCUUGGAAAUUAUAUCUUCAGCUACAGAGUACGAAGACCUCUCCUUGAGACAUAGGGAAGAGAGCAUUCUACGAGAGCUCUCAUAUAAACUUCCCAAUAAACUAACCAGUUCCUCAGGUGGCUCCCCAAAAUUCAAUGACCCCCAUAUAAAAACCAACCUUCUGCUUCAAGCUCACCUUUGCAGAUUACAACUUAGUGCAGAACUGCAAGGAGACACUGAAAAUGUGUUGAAUAAAUCCAUUCGACUUAUACAAACUUGUGUCGAUGUACUGAGUUCCAAUGGGUGGUUAUCACCUGCCGUAGCCGCUAUGGAACUAGCACAAAUGGUCACACAAGCUAUGUGGAGCAAAGAUUCAUAUCUAAAACAAUUGCCUCAUUUCACCAAUGAAAUAAUCAAGAGGUGCACUGAUAAGGGGGUAGAAACAGUUUUUGACAUAAUGGAACUGGAAGACGAUGAUCGAGCAAAACUACUUCAAUUAAGUGAUGCACAAAUGGCAGAUGUGGCUAGGUUUUGUAACAGAUAUCCCAAUAUUGAGUUAACAUACGAAGUAGCUGAUAAGGAUAAUAUCCACUCUGGUUCUUCAGUUCAUGUAAAUGUACAGUUAGAAAGAGAAGAUGAAGUUAAUGGGCCAGUUAUUGCUCCAUUCUUUCCACAGAAGCGAGAAGAAGGCUGGUGGGUGGUUAUAGGAGACCCCAAAACAAAUUCUCUUCUUUCAAUCAAAAGAUUGACCCUUCAGCAGAAAGCCAAAGUCAAGCUAGAUUUUGUUGCUCCCAGUCCAGGAAGUCAUAACUAUACUCUAUAUUUUAUGAGUGAUGCUUACUUAGGAUGUGAUCAAGAGUACAAAUUUAGUAUUGAUGUUGGUGACUUUGAAUCUAGUGGAAGUGAUUCCGAUUAGAAAGCAAUGUAAAGUUUCUAAAUGAAUUCUUGAAUUAAAUAUACUGUUUUUAAUAAUGUA